AUGUCUCGUCCUGAAGAUAUCCUCCCCCCUGACCUCUUUUAUAAUGACUCCGAAUCUCGAAAAUACACCACAUCUUCUCGAAUCCGAAAUAUCCAGGCUGACAUGACCCAGCGAGCAUUGGAGCUGCUAGAUCUACAAGGCCCUUCACUUAUCCUUGAUCUCGGCUGUGGAUCCGGACUGUCAGGCGAAAUACUUUCCAGCGUCUCUCCCGAAGACGGAGGCCCGCAUAUGUGGGUUGGCAUGGACAUAUCUCCCAGCAUGCUCGACGUUGCAUUGCAACGAGAAGUCGAGGGAGAUUUGUUCCUGGCUGAUAUCGGCCAAGGCGUGCCUUUUCGGCCUGGAUCUUUCGACGCAGCUAUCAGUAUCAGUGCCAUCCAGUGGCUUUGCAACGCAGAGACGAGCGAUGUGAGCCCCGAAGGAAGGUUAAAGCGGUUUUUCGAAGGGCUAUAUUCCAGUUUGCGCCGAGGCGGGCGCGCUGUUUGCCAGUUUUACCCGAAAAACGACGCCCAGCGCGGUAUGAUUAGUUCGGCUGCAGUGAAAGCCGGCUUCGGUGCUGGUAUCCUGGAAGACGAUCCCGGAACGAAGAAUAGCAAAACCUAUUUAGUGCUUACCGUUGGUGGUGGAGGCUUGAAUGGCGACAUUACCGGUGUCGUUGGUGGCAUGGAUGACGUUGACAUUGUUGAUUCGCGAAAAAAAGAGAAUGCCGCGAAGAUAGCGAGAUCUCUACAGGAAAAGAAAGGGAGCAAGGCAUGGAUUUUGAGAAAGAAAGAUCAGAUGGCACGCAAGGGAAAGGUUGUCAAAGCGACUUCGAAGUACACCGGAAGGAAGAGACGAGUGGCCUUUUGA